AUGAACAGUGUCAAUAAUUUCUUGAUGAUGGUGUUUGAGAUUGUUGAUGGCAUCAAGACCACCUUCAACCAUUUGAAAUACAUGUCAAAACUAACCAUAAACAUUUGGUCUCAGAAUGGUCUCGUGAAAUUGAUCUUCCAACGUGACAUCAUGAGGAUGCUAUUGUGGGGGAUCUUGUCAUUCUGCUUGCUAGUCUAUGCCCACAAUGACUGCCGGAAGGACUGCCGGAACUGCCACAGACAUCUAUACAACCACCAAGAUGACAUCAGCCUUCUGAUCUGUGUAAUGGAGUGUCAAGGGAAACUGUUUCCCAGUGCUACCUGGGGACUUUGCAAUAAAGCCAUCAGCAGAAAAAGGUCUUUGUCCCUAGACCACAGUAGCCUGGAAGAAAUGAAAUGGCCACUGGAGAUGUGGAAUGGCAGCCUGAAAGGAGCCAGAAAUAACCUGAAACAUCACAGUGACCUGACCAGAAUGCUGGAUCUCAGCGAUGGAGAAGAUAAGCAAGUGUCCAAAUUGAGUGGUCUCAUCCAUCAGCCAAAGGCAGAAGAUGUCACUAGUGAUGGAAGCCAAACUUCACUUGGGGAUUUACAGGAUCAGCUCAAGAUUCCCAAGAGGGUGGGCGAUUUCCUGAGGGGACCAUUCAACUACGGGGAGAUGGAAGAGCCCAAGGUGCGAGCGCUCCAAAAACGAUUUGGAGGCUUCAUCGGUGUUCGGAAAUACACCCGAAAGUGGCACAACCAGAAAAAGACCAGAAGCAAGUGA